GAAAAUAAUGAAAAUACCAGAACCUUGUCGCACUCGUCUAUCACUGCAUGUUUGCGGUGCCGGGAACAGAAGGUGACUACAUGUCCGUCCGAUGCCAGAACCACUUCGCUUAACGUCGAAUGACUCCCAGCUAAAGUGUGGUCGCGAACGUCCCACGUGCACUCGAUGCGAGCGACUCAGUGCAAAAUGUAACCAUCCGCGGCCUCCAAAUCGCCGGGGUUCACGGGGCCGGCGCCUGGGGACUCAACGCCGGCGCAACGAAGCAGUUUCGCAACAAACUUCUGCCGCUGAGACUCAGAAAAUCAGUCCGAUCCCUGGGCAUCAUGCUUCGAGUUCCCUUGGUCCUAAUAUUCAUCGUGAAGACGAUCCACCUCUCCUAAAUUCCACUGGAUUGGAUGACACACCGGCGGCUCUAGGUAUAGGAACACGUACUCCGUCUAAUGUACCUGCUGAUCCGAGCUGCACCAGGGCUGUUAUACAAUAGCUAAUUGGUCCGUAGACAUACCCAAGUCAGCUACGUACGAUGACGCCUGUCGCAUUGGAGCCAGGACGUUCCUCAGACCAGACACAAUUAC